AUGAAGGUCAUUCGAGCAUAUGAUGGUCGCUCCAUCAUCGUCAAUCAGCCUCUCUCGCAGUUUGCUUCGCUCGAUGAUCUCCUCGACUGCCUGUCACUUGCCACAGAGAUUCCGUCUGAUGCCAUCAUCUGCAUGACAUCCGAUGGAAGCCAGCUCAAGCAAGAAGUGCUCGAUCGCAUCAUCCAACAAACCGCAACUUUCCCAUCAGAGUCCUCCACCACAGCCGUCGCAAGAUCGAAUCCUUCUGCUUCGACACAUCAAGAUGCAGCGAAUCAGUCUCAGGAGUUCUUCGUCUACAACCGAGAGUUCCUGUAUACCGACCCAACAGAGCUCGCCGCCGAGCUCGCAGAGCACGCCAGCCUCGAGCCUGCUCCAGCAAUAUUUGAUGCCGAGCUCUCCUUUCCACCCACGCCUAAGACGCUCGAAGCGCUCGUCAGCUGGUCAGGCGAGAUCGCUGCGCUUGUCGCUACUCACCAGCAGACGUGCCAAGACCUGCUCGAGCGCAUCACACUCAUCGCUCGAAGCCUUCAAGUUGCGCUCGCCAAUCUUCGAGAUCAUGCCGACAACAUCGAGAAGGGCGCCAAUGCGCUCAUCGAAGAUGUCGCACAGAAGGAGCUCAAGAGAAUGGAGAGCUUGCUGCAAGGGUACGAGCGUGAUCUGCGCAUCCUCGCCAUGGUUUCCAUCCACCCGCGCCUUCAAUCGACGAGCGCACAGAUGGCCAAUGCAGCCGCUGCAACGUCGUCUUCUACUACUACUACACAGAACGGCAACGGUAGCGGCCCAUCUGCUGCAGCGAAGCCGAAGCACCGCACACUCGGCGACUACAUCAGCAAAUCAAAGAUGAGCGCCGUCGCGGAUGCCUGCAAUCGUGUCUAUACAGAGCUUCGCGAACGCAUCGUCCGCAUCGAGACGGAGCUUUCGCUUGUUCGAAACGAUACCCAGGGUCUGUCGGACGAGGUCGAGUCGACAACUCCGGAAGUAGCCGACGAGACGUACCAGCGCGUCGUCGAAGCACAAGCACGCACCCAGCAACUACAUGCUUUCGUCAACUCGACUUGCUCGCCAGACCCUCAAGGCUGGCCUGUGGCCGACAAGAUCAACCAAGAAACCUUUGAUGAGAUCGUCCGAAGCUCCGAUGAGCUGCUGCUAUUGGAUGAAGUGGUGCGCGAAGGUGUACAGCGCCUCACACAAGAUCGCAAUGAUAUUCUGGAGCGCAGCUUACACCUGCUCAUCGAUAUCUCGGCGAUCCAGUCCGAGUUCACCGAGACCGGCUCGUUGCUGGCUGCCGUUGACGCAGAUCUGCAUUCCAACAAGCUCGACGGUUUCAAGCAUCUGCACCGGCUCAAAAACAUGCUUUGGGCCUACGGCGCUACCGUCGUCGAAGUGGUGCGCCGUCGUGAGUUUGCAAAGCACUUUUUGGGCAAGUCGCAGUCGCUCGCCGAGCUCAUGGCGAAAGUUUCGGCAUCCGAAUGGAAGCGCAGACAGUUCUACCGCAGCGACGUCUCCUCGCUCUUGCCCUGGGAGGUCAAAGGCAUGGACGACAAACCACCCAGUCUUGAGAUUACAACACCGCGCGUCAGCAGCGAAGCCAUGGCUGACCUUGGUCUUGCCGAUCUGCAAUCGCUGUACGAGCUACUCGACCAGGUCGAUCAACGGCUACGGGAAGAGUCGGACGGCACGGACAGUGCAGCCAGCCCGAUACCAGAGGUCAAGAUGGCACUGCAGGCUCUCGCCGCAGCAUUGCAAGAUCUGGACGAUGAGUUCAUCCAUCUCGUCAACAACCAGCUUCUGAAUCAGCGAGACGAAGAGGAGGCGUCGGACGAGGAUGCUCACGAAAGCGGGUCCGACACGUCCAUCCGGGCACGGCAAAGGUUGCGACGUCGUCAGCGCCUCACCGCAUCGAUUGCAGCGGCCAACGAUCAAGAGCUUACGCAGCUUCGACAGGAGCUCGCAGAAGCAAGGUCGUCGAACGAACAAGCAGAGCGGGCGCUCAAAGCUGAUCACGCGACCCGGAUGUCGGGGCUCAGAUCCGAGGUGGAGACGCUCAAACGACAGGUAGAGUCCGGCAAAGCAGAUGUGGCCAAGCUCGAAGCCGAGAAGCGGGAAUCCGAAGGUCGCAUUGAUACGCUGCGUGCGGAUCUCGAGCUCGAGCGUGAACGCCGUCUCAAUAUGGUCGACGAGGUCAACCAGCUUCGACGAGAUCUGGAGCAGAGUCACCGUGUCGAAGCGGAAGCAAAGCAAGAGGCCGUCGAGGAAGCCGACCGAGUCGCCGAGCUCGAGGCGCAGGCUCACGAGCUGCAUCUUGAGCUCGAAGAAGCCAAGAGCGCGCGUAUCGAUGCCAGCAACCGCAUAGAGGCGCUGCUCAGCGAAGGUUCCAGCUUCGAAGGCGAGCUGCGAACCGCUCAGGCUCGCAUCGAUGAACUCACCGAGCAGCUGUCCAAUGCGCACGCCGAAGCAGCCAAAGCCAGAGAGGCAGCAGCAGAGGUCGAGGCUGUCAAAGAACGACAGAUCCGGUCCUACCGUGCCGAGGCAGACGGCGACCGUGCUAUCCUGGAGGAAAAGGUGCGGGCACUGAAAGCAGAUCUGGACGCCAAAGCCAAGCUGCUGGAGAAGCAGGCCACGAUCGCAACGCGAGCCGAGCAGAGCCGCGUACCGGAUCGAGAAGCCAUCGAACUGCUGAGAGGUCAGCUGCGAGCCGCUGAUGUGGCACACGAGGAGAUCGUCAAGGAGAUGGACCAUGCCAAGGGACUUGCCGACGAGGCAGAGGCGGCACGACGCGAGGUGGAGGCCAGUCGACAGCUGCUUCUUGAACGCACUCGAGGUCUUCUCGCCAAGGCGAGCCUAUUGAGAAAGGCGGUGCGCGAAAUGCCCAAGCACACCUCGUCACGUCAAGCAUCGUCUUCCGACGCAGCUCAGCCGACCGACAAGAAUGGCACAAACGCUGCCUCAUCUGCUGCGCUGCCAUCAUCGUCAGGUGCAGCCAUCGCGGCUCAACGCGCCAUUGCCGCAUCGACAGGUAGCCUCUCUGUGUCUGAACUAUCCGAGUCGCAGCGCCAAGCAGCGCUGGAUGCUUUUGAUACCGAGGCUGACCGUGCCAGUGUCGAGACGACCCUCGAGGCGCUGCGCGCAUUUGAUGUGUCCGAGAUGUACGAUGAAGUCAAGGGCAAGCUCGAUACGCUCAAUGUCGUUGUACGCAAAUGGCAAAAGGCCUGGAAGUCGGCCAACGACAAGGCCACCAAGGCCAAUCACGCUGCCAGGGAAAAGAUUGCCUUCAAGAACUUCCAGGUUGGCGACUUAGCACUGUUCCUGCCCACGCGCAGCUCGAACUUGACGUCCAAGCCUUGGGCGGCAUUCAACAUCAGCUUCCCGCACUUUUUCCUCAAUGCACAAGGUCCUCUGGCCGAUCAUCUGCGCACCAAGGAGUGGAUUGUUGCACGCAUCACUAGCAUCAACAACAAGGUCGUACCCACGGCUGACAAGACCGAGGCAGGAGCAGCAGGCAAGCAGGAAGAAGAUGCAAAUCCUUUCAGACUGCCUGAAGGUGUUCGAUUCUUCAUGUUGGAUGUGGAGACGUAUGGGGGUCAUAGCUCAGCGCCGCCGGCAUUGCGAAGUCGCAAGAGCUCAUCGGCGGCGAUGGUUGGAGGUCAGAGCUCCGUCGAUGCCGAUCCUUCCCACGGUCGGUCGCUGGACCGCAAAGAGUCGCCGAGCCAUCCCCGAAGCCGAAGCGAAGGUGCCGUCGCCAGUCUUACAGGUCUUGUCGAAGAGAGCAAGGCUGCUACGGCAGAGGAAAGCCAGCGUCCUGCGAGACAGCAUUUGCAAGCAGAGGCUGAGGCGGACGAGAGUAUCAUGACCAAGGCUCUGGAGGAUGUGUCCGUCGUUCAGGACGACGAUGCCGCCGGAAUGACGAGCGGCUUCUCGCUGCGGUCUGACAAAAUCGACGUUCCUGAACAGUCGACGCCGCCGAUGCAGACCCCAGACACGUCCCCACGCAUCGGAUCGGCCGCGACACUACCCGCUCAGACUCCUCUCGAUGGACAGGAGAAGGAACAGACGCAAAGUGACGAUCACUCAUCAGAGCCACGCUCUGCCACGUCGGCCUCUGCUCUGACGCGUGCUAUACGGAGCACGUCGCCCAGCUCCUCCUUCCGGCCAGAGGGCGGGCUCAGUGCCGGAGGCGCUGGACGCUGGAGAGCGGGAUCGUCGGCUUCAUCCAGCGCAGCACAGUGGCCCUCGCGCAACAUUACUGGUAUCGCAGAGGAGGCAGACUCACGCCAGCGCGAAGGCAAUGACGGAGACGGUUCAAGUGCGACGGGCUCCACGAGCCAUCGGUCGACGCUGAUCGAGCACGCGACCAUGGCGCCGGCUUUCGGUCGAACGCCCAACAAGCGACGCUUCGAAGCUGCAGGACGCACGCAGAACGGCUCUCCGUCAAGCCGGUCUGUCGUCGGUCGACGUCACGGAGAAAGCGGCAGUCCCGACGGUGAGCCUCUUGAUGGCCGCAGUGCCACAUCCGCUCCUGCUUCGCAAAGUCGGUCGGAGGGGAUCGCGAUCCGCACAAUCCGAACAGCGCACUCGGAUCUCUCGGAUACGGCUGUGUCGAAUCCAUUCUCGCAGUCUCCGGGGCCAGCGUCGCUGCCGUUUGAUCGAGACGGAUUGGGCACGUUGGGACGCGGUCAGACGCGACGCAAGUCGAGUCUGUACAUCAGCACGUCUGCAUCUACGGAGAGCGAGAUGGCACGUCCGGAGGCCCCGAAAGUGCAGCGGUGGCCGAGCGAUGCGGUGUCCAAGGCUUCUCAGCGUACAGCGUCGUCGGCGUCGGGUGCUUCGGUGUCGAAUCAGCCUAGUGGGGGAAUUCGUAUCAAUGGACGGAGCAUCGUCGUGGAUCCAUCGGUGCUGUCGGGCGCGCAUCGCAGACAGACGUCUUCGUCUUCUGUAGCGACAACAGCGGUCACGGCGGCGCAUGCGGUUCCAGGUGCGUUCCCGUCUUCGUUCUCCUCUUCUGGCUCGCUCGCUGGUCCAGCUUCGCCGUCUGUGGGACCCGGUGCAAGCGAAGAGGCGGGACCCUCGUCUGCGACGGUGCGUCAAACUUGGCGAUCGCCUAGCUUCAGCGGCGCAACAUCUUCGAGUCGACCCGCGCUUGCUGGCACGCAGAAGCCGUCAUUCUUGAGCCAGACGCUGGGCCGGUUCACUGGAGCAGCGGCACAAGCGGUUCAAAGCCCUCCCUUUGCACCAAUCGGUGGCGAGAGUGAGAGCGCAAGGAGACGUCAGCCUUCGCGCCCUUCGUUGUUUCAAGCGAUCGGCCAGGAAAGCACAGGUGCGGACACGGUCGGUGGAACAUCGCAGCAGGUGCACAGGGGUACACCCGAGUCGAUCGUCUCUGGUGUGUCGGGUUUUUCGAAUGUGUCUGGGAACAGCGCCGAGGGGAUGCUGAAGCGGCUGAAGGAUCAACCGGGAUCGCAGCGCUAG